GGAGAUGGAUAUGGCCGGCAGGCUUAAUAUGAGGAUGAGGAGGAGGACGCAGGGAGUGAGUUAAAUAGAGAAAGAAAGAUCAGACAGCUGCAAAAUAUAUAAUUUUGUCAUUUUCCAGCUCUACUUCGUCUAUGGCUGGCUGGCUGGCUAGGUGAGUCCGGAUUUGAAGCAGGCGACUGAGCUAGAUUCUAGGAGUGCCUUGAUGUCCGCCCAACCCGGUGCUCCCUUUUUAGUCUUCUCCUCCAGUUGACGGUUUUUGCCUGUACAAUUCCCAACAACGAAAACACCAUACCCAUUCACUGUGCUCUGGUUGAAACUUAGAAAGACAUCCAGCCAGAGAUAGAGGGGUAGAAUGGGAAGAUCCGCAUCAAAUUGCUUCAAGAUCCUCACUUGCGCCUCUGAUUCGGCUGACAGUGAUGGAUUUGAUGCUCCUGAGUCCAAGUGUUCAAGUGAUAAAAGAGGAUGGAGUUUCAGGAAGAGAUCUGAAAGGCACCGUGUUUUGAGCAACACAGUGAUAAUUGCAGAAACACAACCUGGUAAGAAAGACAGCCCAGAUGCAGCUCCCAUCAUCUCUCAAACACAACCUGACUCUGUCAUUCCAGACAAGACAACCUCCACUGAUCAACAACUUAGCUCCAACCUUCCAGACAAGACCUAUUUAACCGAACCACUGCCUGUUGCUGCAGAGAAGGUCUAUGUUAAAGAACCUGUUCAGUGUACUGAUGAGGAGCCACAGCCUCCAAUUUCUGUGGAGAAAAAAUCAGUGGAGAGUGCUUCUAGUGAAAUGGAUGAUCAUAACGAUGAGCUAGCCCCAAAGGAAUCAGAUGUUAUUGCUAUACAGGCUGCUGUCAGAGGGUUUCUGGCUCAAAACUCACUAAUGAAGCACAAGAAUGCAGUCAAACUGCAAGCUGCUCUACGUGGACAUGUGGUUAGGAGGCAAGCUGUGGGAACUCUGCGGUGUGUUCAAGCUAUCGUUAAAAUGCAAGCUCUCGUUAGAGCUCGCCGUGACCAUAAAUCUUCAAAUUUGGGAAUGGAACAGUCCAGCAAAAAGGUCCGAAGCUCUAACGGUUCCAUGGAAAAAAUACUAAGCAAUAGCUUUGCUCGUCAGCUUCUGGAAUCAUCGUCUCCAACAGCCAAAACUAUAAAUAUCAAGUGUGAUCCUUCAAAAUCUGACUCAGCAUGGCUAUGGUUAGAGAGAUGGAUGACUGUUCCAACAAGGAUGUCCCCAAUUGCAGAAACACCUGCUGAGCAGCUGGAAGAAAAGAAAGUGGUUGAACACUUGACUCUUACUGAAACUCCAUCUGCAACUAAUAAUGGAUCUAGUAGAAAGGAAUCGGUAGUACCACCAGAAAGAUCUAUCAGUGAUGAUGCAGACAGUUUAUCUGUUCAAGAAACUCAUUACAAGCUGGAAGAUACUCAGACCCAGGGUCUCAUUUGUGAGUUGGGUUCUUUCCCUUGCCCAUCAAGUUCAAAGGAUAAUACUACUACUCAUUCGACAGGAGGAAACUAUUCUUACCCGGAUAAGACUGAAACUGAGAAACUGGAUGGGGAUAACUUCUCUUUUGGAUCUAGAAAUGCAAGUGGUAAUCUCACAUUCAUUGCUGGCCAGUCAAAAUCUGAAGAACUGAGUUUGUCAGUUGGUUCAGCAGUGAACACGACCAGUUUGACCAAUCAAGAAACUGGAACAGAGUAUUUCACUGAUGCAAUUUCAUCUCCCCCGAAUAAUGUAACCGAGCAUUUCAUCAAGAAUUCCAGUUUGCACACAUCUGUACUUUUAGUUGCAGGAUCUGAAUGCAGCACAGAACUUUCCAUAUCUUCCACACUUGAUUCACCAGAUAGGUAUGAGAUUAAAGUUCAAGAGUAUGAGCAGGAAACAAAGACUCCUUCCAUGGAUACUGCUGUAGUGCAUCAGCAUAUGAGGAAUGAAGAUCUGGAUAUUGACACGCGUGAGCAGACAAUUUCACAAAAUGAACUUCCAAAUGAUGAGCAGAAGCCAGAGAUGCAUGUGGUUGCUGAGCAGAUGGAGGUUGGAUCUCCAAGAAGCCAUGUAACUUUUCCUGAAUCCCAAGGCACACCACCUUCUAGUAAAAAGGCAUCUUCAGUAAAACCAAAAGCCAGAAGAAGUGAAAAAAGUGGAUCAAACAGCAAAAAUCCUAACCAAGACGCAUCAGCAGCAAAGUCUAGUGCUGACAAUAAUAAGGAUCAUAAAAGCGGGAAACGAAGAAAAUCAUUUGGAUCUGCAAAAAGUGAACAGCAAGUGGAUCAGCAGGAGCAUAGAGAUAGCAAUGCCAGUGGUUCUCUCCCAAGUUACAUGCAAGCUACAGAGUCAGCAAAAGCCAAGGCCAUCUUAAACAACUCGCCAAGAUCAAGUCCAGAUGCUCAUAACAAGGAAACGUACCAAGUUAAAAAGCGGCAUUCUCUGCCUGGUUCAAAUGGAAGGCAGCGAUCACCUCGUAUUGAACGGUCUUUGUCCCAGGCGCAGCAGAAUUCCAAAGGAAACGAAAUUACUUCCCCCCAUGAGAGGAGGUGGCAGAGGUGAAAUCCUAACAAAAGCAAACUACUGGUAGCAGUAGUUGUCUAUGUUUGAGUCAAUGGAUCAAGUACUUCAGACAACCACCACCAUCUCUCCUCAUGAGAGGGAGAUUGAUGUAGAAAGAGAUGUGUUAAUUUUUUCAUGUAAAUUACCACUUUGCCCAUACUUUUGUUUUUCUCUUGUGUUGGAUUUCAUUUGUGGGAGGAUGUUUGUUGUCCUGAGUGAGAGAGGGAGAGUUAUCAGUGUUUUCUUCAGUUAUACAUCGUGUAAUACCAUAUCAAUGUCUUCUUGCACGUUUGUUUUGUGUGCUGGUUUUGCUUGAUUCAAACUGCAGAGAAAUACAAAGGGUAUUCUUUCUUUAUUCUAGCUAGUUCAGUUUGGAGCUUUGAUUGAUGAAGGGCAAGAUUACACGUCGAAUUGAAAACACUUGUUAUUUUAUGAGGAUUUAUUUAUGCACACCAUUGUACUAGGUACUAGGUACAACGUUAAUUGAUAUGAAACGUGAGGGGCAGCCACCGAUUAUCGAUCUUCACGGCGGAUUGCAUUGGGAUCAGUGACCAUGUCCAUCAUCAUCUUCUCGGGGGAGUCUUCCCAACUUCCAAAUGUUUUCAAGUCAACCUGCCAUGGAAACAUAAUUGUAUACAGUCUUUUCAUGAAUGCAUUUUCCUUUUCUCAGUUAGCCUUACAAGGAUUAUA